ACAAGUGACUGCUUUCCUUCUCUCAUUUCUGGAAGCCUGGCCUCCCACACAGCUGUCCUGCACUUCUGGUUUCUUGAUGGAUGACGAAAGCAAACUGAGCCCUCCCCCAGACCAGAGCUACUGGGCCUCUCUGCCUGAUGUGUGUCUACGUCGUGUCUUCUGGUGGCUGGGGGACAGGGACCGGUCGAAGGCGGCCCAAGUGUGCAGAAAAUGGAAUCAGAUAAUGUACUCAGCAGACCUCUGGCGGUACAGGACCAUCACGUUCAGCGGGAGGCCUUCCAGGGUGCAUGCAUCUGAGUUCGAGUCAGCUCUCUGGUAUGUGAAGAAAUUUGGCCGUUAUCUGGAGCACCUGGAGAUCAAAUUCCUGAAUCCUUACAAUGCUGUCUUGACCAAGAAGUUCCAGGUCACCAUGAGGGGCCUCCUGUCAUGUCUGGGCAAGAGCAACAAUCGCCUGAAGUCUCUCUCCAUCCAGCACCUUGAACUCGACCGCCUGGUCUGGAGGAACAGCAUUAGGGGCUCGUUCAUCAAGAGCUUGAGCUUCUUCUUAAAGAAGAUGGGCAGACACUUGGAUUAUCUCAACAUGAAAGCGGCUAGAAUGACAGUGGAGCAAGGCUGUCAUGUUCUCAACUCCCUGAGCUAUUUGAGGAAUGAGAGCUUGGUCACAGAACUCAACAUCGAGGACUUCUUCAGCCAUCACCUCGCUGUGUACAGCAGCCCCCAGUUCAACAGGACCAUGGCCACGUUCUGCAACCUGGAGUCCCUGACCCUCAACUACAACUGUAUCUCCGACGAGCUGCUCGAGAACUUGUGUGAGAACAAUGCCAGUACCCUCUGGACCAUAAACAUCAAGUGCCACAUUCAUGACCCGCAUGGGCAGUUCAUCUGGGGGAUGUCCUGGGCCAAGCUGACCAAGCAGGCUACCCACUUGAAGGUAAACUUCUUCUUUGAGCGGAUCAUGAAAUAUGAGCGCUUGGCCCGGAUCCUCUUGCCAGAGGUCCCAGUCAGGAGCAUCAGUCUGAGAAGCUGCUACUUCAGUGACCCAGACUGGUCCAUGCGGCCCACGUUGACGGACCUCCUGCCCACGUUCCGGCACACUCUGCAGAAAUUAACUUUUGAGUUCAACAACAUCCACGAGUCGCUUGAUGAGGAGCUGUAUCUUCUCAUUUUAAGCUGCAGGAAGCUGUUUUACUUAAAAAUCUGGGCUUUCCUUAAUGUGACGUUCGUGGAACGGAUCCUGAAGAGUCAGAAGGAGGGGCAGUGUGCCCUGCGCACACUCAAGGUGAGAAUUUAUACAAACCAAUAUGAGACAAACGAGGAGGAUAGGACUCUGCGGGAAAUUUACAGGACUUACCAAAAGCUGAUUGAUUCAGAGCUCAACUAUUUUGUCAUCGCAUACCCCAUGAUGUAA